ACAGUAGAGGGCAGUAUAGUCUCUAUUGGAGCUGUAUGCAGAGAAGAAGACAGUACUGUAAAUCUCACCAGACGGAAGAAGAAGAGCUGUCGUCGCUAGCUUCUGUCAAAUAUAGCAACAUAACUGGCGUCCAUUGUGUCAUGUCUACCUAGUGUGAACCAGCUCAUAUGCCCGUUUAACCCUUCCUGACAGCGACCGUGAUCCGCUAUCAUGGAGAAGCAGUUGCAUUUGAACCUGUUAGCUUCCAGACCUCCUAUGCCAGGGAGCUUCCAGUCCAGCUCCAAAAUGAAGAUGGGGCCAGGACGAAAGAGAGACUUCAGCCCGUUGUCGUGGAGCCAGUAUUUUGAAACCAUGGAGGAUGUGGAAGUGGAGAAUGAAAACGGCAAAGACGUUUUCAGAAUCUACUGCAGUGGUGCUCAUGGUCCCGUGCUGCUGCUGCUGCAUGGAGGAGGACACUCUGCUCUCUCCUGGGCAGUCUUCACUGCGGUCAUAAUCAGCAGGAUCAACUGCAGGGUGGUGGCUAUGGACCUUCGAGCUCAUGGCGACUCCAAAGUGAAACAUUUGGAAGAUCUCUCUGCAGACACUAUGGCCAAGGACAUUGGUAAAGUGGUAGAGGCUCUCUAUGGAGACAACCCACCACCAAUCAUGCUCAUUGGGCACAGCAUGGGUGGAGCCAUAGCGGUUCACACGGCUGCUGCCAAUCAUAUACCAUCGCUGCUGGGCCUGUGUGUCAUCGAUGUUGUUGAGGGCACAGCAAUGGAUGCUCUGAACAGUAUGCAGAAUUUCCUCAGGAGUAGGCCAAAGAUAUUUAAAUCUCUGGAAAAUGCCAUCGAGUGGAGUGUAAAGAGUGGCCAGAUCAGAAACAUGGAGUCAGCACGCGUGUCAAUGGGAGGCCAAGUGAAAAAAUGUGAGGAGUCCAGCAGCAGCCCUGGAGUCUCCAACAGCAUUGGUGAAGCUUUAAUAGAAGAAGAGGAAGAUGAAGAAGGCGAAGAAGAGUCCAACAAAAAAAGAAUGAAGGAAGACGACCAAGAGACCAAAAAGGAAAGCAUCUUCACAUGGCGAGUUGAUUUAUCAAAGACAGAAAAGUACUGGGAGGGUUGGUUUAAAGGCUUGUCUGCACUCUUUCUCACCUGCCCUGUGCCAAAGCUGCUCCUGCUCGCAGGUGUGGACCGGCUUGAUAAAGACCUUACUAUCGGACAGAUGCAAGGAAAGUUUCAGAUGCAGGUCCUCUCUCAAUGUGGUCAUGCUGUCCAUGAGGAUGCACCUGAAAAAGUAGCAGAUGCUCUAGCAGCAUUUAUGGUCCGGCACAAGUUCACUGACUUUAAAGAAGGAUUCAUGUGCUAAUUUGUCAUAGAAGAAAUAUUUGAAGAUUCAUCAACAUCAUUGGACACAACGGCACAUACAUGGAAUAUAUUUUUGAAAAAGAUCAAGAUAUUAUUUGCACGCUAUGUAGAUACUUUGCCUUUCAGCUUUGCCUUAUUGGUAAAACUAGAUUGUUUGUAUUCCUUUGUUUACACUAUUUUUUAAUUAAAGCUAUACUUAUUUUUAUGUUGUAGUUUGGGUCACGUUUAUAUUAUAUGAUUAAAGAUGGACUGGAAACAUGUCAACCAUGUCUUUGUAUUUUUAAAUGUUCUGUUCCAUAGUGAUGCAAGAUCGAAAUGGAUGAUGGUUUACUUUGCCCUGUCACUGAACAAUCUCUUUUGAAAUAAAUAUUUUAGCCAAAACCUCAAUGACAAAA